AUGGCUCAUAUUUCGCAUGCUGAUGAAGCCCUAAUUAUCGGGGUCAACAGAAAGGCAACUGGGAUGUCACAUCAAUCAGAACGUAUACGUGAGUCUGACUUCAAGUACUACGAGCGUAGAUAUUAUGAUGAUUUGAAGAAUGGUUGCUUUACAAUCAAAAUCUCAAAUUCAACAUAUAGGUGUCCCUUUUGCCUGGACAGGCAGGAUUACUCCUCGAGUGAGCUUUUAAAACAUGCAUCAAGAUUUGCCAAGGGUUCACAUAGCAGAGAGAUAGAAGAUAGAGCGAAGCACUUUGCCCUUCAGUUAUACAUUGAAAGGUAUGUUGGAGAAAGUGGUACAAAACUAAGGGAGGAGUUUACCCUAAAAGGAUUUCGCCCCUUGAGAGUUCAUCCUCUGUGGAACCAUAAUGGACAUUCAGGCUUUGCCAUUGUCGACUUCAGCACAGAAUGGGAUGGUUUCACCAAUGCUAUUAACUUUGAAAGGAGCUUUGAAGCGGAACAUUGUGGUAAGAAGGAUUACUACAGUUUAAAAUGCCGAGGAGAUAGACUCUACGAAUGGUUGGCCCGCGAUGACGACUAUCACAUGAAUAGUAUAAUUGGUGUUCACCUUCGUAAAAAAGGGGACUUGAAAACUGUUUCUGAAAAACAAGCAGAUGACAAAAGGAAAACAUCACAGCUUGUCUCGAGUUUAGCUAAUACCUUGAAAAUGAAGAAUAAGGAGUUGGAAUGGGUACGAAGCAAAUAUGAUGAGAUUGAUUUGUCCCUGAACAAAGUGAUAGAACAGAAAGAGGAGAUGAUUAAAUCAUUUAAUAAUGAAAUACAAAAGAUGCAGCAGAGUGACCGUGAUCAUUUGGAGAAGAUUCUUAUGGAUCAUGAAAAAGCCAGAUUGCGUCUGGAAGCUCAGAAGAAAGAGCUUCUGAACCGUGAGAAAGAUCUGCAGAGGCGUCAAGAACGGAAUGAAAAUGAGAGAGAGAGAAGAUAUAUCUGA